AACUUAAACCCUGCCACCGCCGCCGCAAGAAAGAAAGAAGCAGAACCGGCAGGAAGAGCGAUGCCGAAAUCCAAGCGCAACCGCCCAGUGACCCUAUCAAAGACCAAGAAGAAGCCAGGUCUAGAGCGCAAGGGCAAAGUAGUCACCGAAAUCAAAGAUGCCAUUGAGCACUACACCAGUGUCUAUGUAUUUACCUACGGCAACAUGAGGAAUCAGAAGCUCAAGGACCUCAGGGAGCAGCUAAAGUCCUCUAGCAGGAUAUUCCUUGCUGGAAAGAAAGUCAUGCAGAUAGCGCUGGGACGCUCAGCUGCUGAUGAAGCUAAAACAGGCCUGCAUAAACUUUCCAAGUUCCUCCAAGGUGAUUCUGGACUGUUCUUUACUAAUCUUCCCAGGGAUGAUGUUGAAAGAUUGUUUCGAGAAUUUGAGGAGCAUGAUUUUGCAAGAACGGGAAGUACCGCAACAGAAACGGUUGAGCUUAAGGAAGGCCCUAUGGAACAGUUUACACAUGAAAUGGAACCCUUCUUACGCAAGCAAGGACUGCCGGUUCGCCUGAACAAAGGUGAUGUAGAGUUAGUUGCAGAUCAUGUAGUGUGUGAAGAAGGGAAGCCCCUUUCGCCAGAAGCAGCACAGACUCUGCGAUUGCUUGGGAUACAGAUGGCAACAUUCCGGCUGUACCUUGUCUGCCGCUGGUCUUUUGAUGACUUCGAAGUUUACAAAGAAGGCUUGGUGCACCUAGGAGCUGAUGAUUCCUCUUAAGUUUGUUGACUUGCAUUUCCCGUAUGCAAUGAGAACGCACUUGCUGUCUUGUGUUCCGACAGUUUUUGCUAUUGUGCGUGCGGCCUUGUACCCGAGCGUUGGAAAUCAGAAGGAUGUGAUCUGCACAAGUUCCGUCUUCUCUGAACUCUUUACAUGGUGUAAGCUGAUUGAUAUAGCAUAUCAUAGUGUUUAUUCUUCUAAGUAA